AGCACACAAGGGGCUGAGGGAGACCUGUGCCAGAAGAACAUGGUUUCAUUACUCCAGUGGUUUGUUAAUACACAAAACCCUGCUAAGAGCCAAGUUUUACUUCAAUCUGCGAUCCUCCCACUCGGCACUAGUGAAGUGCAGCUGGAGUAUCGUGUGCAGGUCUGGGCUCCUCAGCACAGGAAAGGCAAGGGGCUCCAGGGAAGGGCCACAAAGACGAUGGCUGGAGCAUCUCUCUCCUGAGGAGAGGCUGUGGGAGCUGGGCCUGUUUAGCCUGAAGACUGAAGGGAUCUCACCAUGCACAGCAAUAUCUCAAAGGCAGGUGCCAAGAGGAUAGUGCCUGACACUUUUCAGUGCUGCCCAGUGACAGGACAAGGACCAACGACCACAAACCCAAACACAAGCUCCACUUCACCACGAGGAAGGACUUCUUGCGUGGAGGGCGGCAGAGCACUGGAACAGCUGCCCAGGGAGGUUGAGUCCCCCGUCUCUGGAGCCAUUCCAAACCCACCCCGACCUGUUCCUCUGGUCCUGCCUUGGGCGGGGGGUUCAACUGUAUUCUCUCCAGAGGCCCAGUCCAGCCCUAUCGAUUCCGAUUGUCCAUGUGGGCCCCCCGGGCUCCGGCGGCUCCCGGGGCAGUGCCGAGCUCCCCCCGCGCUCCCUCACGGCUCCCCGGGGGCGGUGUCACGUGUCCCGCCCGCCGCGCUCCUUCCGGCCGCCAUUUUAGGUUGGGUCGGUGGCGGCGCCAUUAAAAACAGGGAGCAAGAGGAGGAGGGAUCGGCGGGAUCGGCGCGCUCGGCCGGGGCCGCCAGCGGGGCCGGGGCCUCGGCGGGGAGGCGGCAGCACCGGGGGUGGCCGGUGCGGGGCGGCGGCGGCGCCAUGUCGGAUCAGCAGUUCGCUCUGGACUCGGCGGCGGUAGCGGCUGGCGCCGGGGGCAGCGCGGCGGAGCCGGCGGAGCAGCCUGAGGGGCAGGCGGGGGCGGGGAGCACCGAUGGGGGAGGCGGCGGCGGCGGCGGGGUCGAGUCGGAGGGAGCCAAGAUCGACGCCAGCAAGAACGAGGAGGACGAGGGGAAAAUGUUCAUUGGUGGCCUUAGCUGGGACACAACGAAGAAGGAUCUGAAGGACUACUUCUCCAAGUUCGGUGAAGUUGUGGACUGCACUCUGAAGUUGGACCCCAUCACUGGGAGAUCGAGAGGCUUCGGCUUUGUGCUCUUCAAAGAGUCUGAGAGUGUGGAUAAGGUCAUGGACCAGAAAGAACACAAGCUGAACGGAAAGGUCAUUGAUCCAAAAAGAGCUAAAGCCAUGAAAACAAAAGAACCCGUUAAAAAGAUUUUUGUUGGGGGCUUAUCUCCAGACACACCUGAGGAGAAAAUACGGGAAUAUUUUGGAGGUUUUGGUGAGGUUGAAUCCAUAGAGCUCCCCAUGGACAACAAAACUAACAAGAGGCGUGGAUUUUGCUUCAUUACUUUCAAGGAAGAGGACCCAGUGAAGAAAAUAAUGGAAAAGAAAUACCACAAUGUUGGGCUUAGUAAAUGUGAAAUAAAAGUAGCCAUGUCAAAGGAACAGUACCAGCAGCAGCAGCAGUGGGGGAGUCGGGGAGGAUUUGUUGGAAGAGCUCGAGGGAGAGGUGGAGGCCCCAGUCAAAGCUGGAACCAGGGAUACAGCAACUACUGGAAUCAGGGGUAUGGGAACUAUGGUUACAACAGCCAAGGUUAUGGAGGUUAUGGAGGAUAUGACUACACUGGUUACAACAACUACUAUGGAUACGGCGACUAUAGCAGUGUGCAUGGUUGUGAGGCAGCACUGCAGUGCUGCUGCAAAGUCCCGUGUCUUUCCCUUGGGUGGGAGUGUUGCCUCUCCUGGUCGUUCUGGAAGGCGCCCCUCCGGUCCCGUAGUUUGGCAGCACUUUUGGUAGGUGAGAGGGAGAGAGCCCCACCUCAGCCGCCCUGCCGACUGUUUGGGUUCCUGAAGCAGCUCUCUUGGCCAAGAAGAGAGCGUGAAUUUGAAGGCUGCAGUGAUCUCGUGAGUGAGUGAGUGAACUCUCCAU